GGACAGGAAACCGCCAAUCAAAUUCGGACGGCCUUAGUAUUGCACAACAGUGGGCUCUGAUCUUGGAAGGUCGGGCACCUUUUGUCUGGGGCAGCAAUGGCGACGAGUAGCGUUGGUGCUCUCCUCCAGACUGCUCAUAUCGGCCACCACCUUUCAUCAGAGCAAUCCUCGGAACAGGGUAGUAUCAAAAGCUUCCGCAAUGUUGGUGCUUACGAGCAUGCCACUCGCCCUUUCUCCUUUGGUAGCAAGGAGGCUCUCCGCAUCAGGAAUCUACUAGUGCAAUCACUCUCCAAAGCGUCGUCAAGAGCUGCAUCUGCUCCAUACGGUCCUCGCCAAAGUCGAAGACAAGGACAGGCGCCAGAACAAGUAAAAUGUGCCGCAAGGAAGCGCUUUGAUUCGUCGGAGCUGGGAGAGCGGAGCCUGGAUACAGAAGCUGACGUUGUGAUCAUUGGGGCUGGAAUUAUUGGGUUGAGUAUUGCACACACGCUGCUAAGGGACACUCCCUUCUCGGUGGCGGUGAUUGACCGGGCGCAGCCAUGCGCGGGGGCUACGGGGGCAGGCCAAGGCUACAUCUGGCUUGGCAACCGGCAGCCCGGCACUCCCGCCUGGGACUUUGCCAAAUGGAGCAAGUCUCUCUGGGAAGACUUUGCUGAUGAGCUAGCGCUCGAACCUUCUCAAACCACUGCACCCCUGGGGUGGAACAAGAAUGGGAGCCUUCUGGUGGCGGGAAAUGGGAAAGAAGCAGCGGCGCUGAAGACACAGGUGGACCUUCUUCAGAGCGCGGGACUGGGAGCCGAGCUGUGGGAUGCUCAGAGGACACGAGCCGUUGAGCCGGCCCUCUUGAUUGAAGACGACGGUGGGGCGGCCUUUCUGCCGGACGAUGCGCAACUAGACGCGGAGCUCGCGGUCGCUGCCUUGCGGGCCCGGUGCCAAGGACACGUGGCAGCAGGACGCUACACGGAGCUCUUUUACGAACCGGUCCAAACGUUUCUGUGGUCUUCGGACGGUUCGGCGGUCCAAGGCGUCCGCACCAGUAAGCGCACCGUCCGGGCGAACCGGUCCGUCAUCCUGGCCACCGGGGCAUGGACGAGUGACGUUUUGGCUGCGGAUUCGGACGGCAGAACCGAGUUGGGGUCCGCAUUUGCCGCAAUAAGCCCGCGAAAGGGUCACCUGCUCAUCGUGGAAGGCCCCGGGCUCCCCCGCUUAAAGCACGCCCUGAUGGAGUGCGAGUACAGCGCCAACGCGGCCCGCGCGGCAACGGCCGCCGAGCGCUCCUCGUGGCCGCCCCAAAGCCCUAACCCUCCUUCCGCCAACGCCAACGGAACCCCUCCCCUGAACGGCGACCGGAACUCCUCUCCCGAAAGCAGCGGAAACGGCAGGGUUGCAGAAAGCUCGACGGAGGAGCGGUCUUAUCGCAGCCGGGAAGCGGGCGUGUCGUCAGCAGGCGACACAUCAGCAAGGAUGAUGUCAGCAGAACGCCCCGUGAUCCCGCCUGGGCCGUACAAGCCGUCGGUCCCGUGGGAGUUCCCUUUGAGCGCGAAAACCCUAAACCGCGACACAGAAAACCAUGAAACCCUAAAUCCUCCAUCGUCCGUAUCGGUGGCCAUGACUGCGACUACGGACCCCUUCGGACGGCUGCUUAUAGGCAGCUCGCGCGAAUUUAGCGGUUUCGACACGGGGAUACGCGAUGAAACGAUCGUGGCGAUUAUACGACGGGCGGCGAAGUUUUUGCCGGCGCUGGAGGGGCUGGUGCGGGGGGCGGACGUCCGGAACAGCGUACGAACGGGGCUGCGGCCGUACGCGGCCAACGGGCGACCAUCUAUUGGAGUUGUGCCCGGGGUGGACGGCCUUUUGGUCGCCGCCGGGCAUGAAGGAUCCGGUUUGUGCCUGGCCCCCGGUACUGCUGCCAUCGUCCGUGAUUUGCUGCUAGGCGUCACACCGGAGAUCGACUGCUCUCACUUUGCGCCCCAGACUGUGAGCCCUCUGGCGGGGACUAAUCUAAUCAAGUAGACAAACAAUGGGGAAUUGCGUUGUCCAUUUGUCCAUUUGUCCAUUUGUACAAUGACAAAGAAAUAGACAGACUUCAAUGCGUUAUCGUGUAAAGUCAAAGGAUGAAGUUGCGUUGAUCAAAAUUCUUUCAAUGCCACUGCUAUACUCACGAAACACCGCGGGAGUCUCCUAUCCCCAAGUUCUUUCAGCGUUCUGCUCGAUUGCAGCAGCUUGCAGACUCAACUGACAUUGCGUAUGAAAUUGGAGACCGCUCUACCCUCCGAUCGAUGCGGGAUCGUAGACUCAUACUAAACUGAGCGGACGCGUCAACUAGAAUCCAGAUUGGUCGGAUGGUGUCGGUCCCGCUCUGGUGUCAUUGCUGCCGCGUCAAUAGGUGACUAGCUCUACAUACAUGGCUCAAUGAGCUCUAAGUUCGUGGUAAUUGUGAGGUGUAGUCACGGUAUAGAAUGAAACUUUAAGG